UUUCACUGCCAUGGUUUCCACUCCUGAGAACCGCCAGACUUUCAUUGCCUCGGUCAUCAAAUUCCUGCGCCAGUACGAGUUUGAUGGGCUGGACUUUGACUGGGAGUACCCUGGCUCUCGUGGGAGCACUCCUCAGGACAAGCAUCUCUUCACUGUCCUGGUGCAGGAAAUGCAUGAAGCUUUUGAGCAGGAGGCCAAGCAGAUCAACAAGCCCAGGCUGAUGGUCACCGCUGCGGUGGCUGCUGGCAUCUCCAACAUCCAGUCUGGCUAUGAGAUCCCCCAGCUGUCCCAGUACCUAGACUACAUCCAUGUCAUGACCUACGACCUCCAUGGUUCCUGGGAGGGUUACACGGGAGAGAACAGCCCCCUCUACAAAUAUCCAACUGACACUGGCAGCAACGCCUACCUCAAUGUGGCUUAUGCCAUGAACUACUGGAAGGAGAACGGCGCCCCAGCUGAGAAGCUCAUCGUUGGAUUUCCUGCCUACGGACACACUUUCAUCCUAAGCAACCCAUCCAACCACGGAAUUGAUGCCCCUACUUCUGGUGCUGGUCCUGCUGGGCCCUACACCAGGCAAUCUGGGUUCUGGGCUUACUAUGAGAUCUGUACCUUCCUGAAAAAUGGAGCCACUCAGGUGUGGGAUGCCCCCCAGGAUGUGCCCUACGCAUAUCAGGGCAAUGAGUGGGUUGGCUAUGACAACGUUAAGAGCUUCAAUAUCAAGGCUCAAUGGCUUAAGCAGAACAACUUUGGAGGUGCCAUGGUCUGGGCAAUUGAUCUAGAUGACUUCACUGGCACUUUCUGUGACCAGGGCAAGUUCCCACUGAUCACUACCCUGAAGAACGCCCUCGGCCUGCAGAGUGCAAGUUGCACAGCCCCUGCUCAGCCCAUUGAGCCGAUAACUGCUGCUCCCAGCAGCGGGAGUGGUGGCAGCGGUGGGAGCGGCAGCGGCAGCAGCAGCUCUGGAGGCAGCUCUGGGGGCAGUGGAUUCUGUGCUGGCAAAGCCAAUGGCCUCUACCCUGUGGCAAAUAACAAAAAUGCCUUCUGGCACUGCCAGAAUGGAGUCACAUACCAACAGAACUGCCAGGCUGGGCUUGUCUUCGACACCAGCUGUGACUGCUGCAACUGGACCUAAGCCUGCCCUGGGUUCUGAACAGUCUCCUCUGGUUAGGAUGUCUUGCUUCUACCUAAUGUCCUGCAAUAAAAUCAGCAGCCAAAAACAUGAA